AUGACUCAUAGAAUUGAUAAAAAGUUAGAUAAAUACAAGAAGAUACAGCACAUUAAAAUUAAUAAUGUACGAUCAAGUCUAGUCGAUGAAUUUGACAAUAAUAUGGAGCAGGAUUCAAGUGAAAUAUGUAUCUUGGAUUCGGAUAUUCGAAAAAUCAAAAAUCAGGUUUUAUCCCAACUAAAUUGCAAUUUUGGUGCUGUCAAAAUAUCGAACCUAAACAAUUGUUACAACAUUUUGCAUAACCUCCUAGAAAAGAGUGUAAGAGAUAAAGAAAGACAUUCAUUAUUGAUAACUGGGACAAGAUCUAGUGGUAAAUCAUCAAUUGUGCGAACAGUUUUACGUGAAAUAAAUAACAAAUAUCCUGAUGAAUUUUUAGUAAUUCAAUUGAAUUCAGCAACCCAUUCAGAUGAUAAUCUAGCAUUAAGAGAAAUUGCUAGACAACUAGAUUAUAAGUUAUUUAAAAGGAAUAAAACUGAUUCAAGUAACCUGUUUAUUGAAUCCAAAUCAAUCAAUGAGACAUUUGCAAAUAUUUUGAAAAUUUUGAAUAAUGAUCUACAUCAGGGAGAAUAUGAUGCAAAUUGGAUGCCUUUAAUUUUCGUUAUUGACGAAUUUGAGAAAUUCACUCAAAACAAUAAGCAAACUUUGCUUUAUAAUUUACUAGAUAUGUCACAAAAUAGUAGCAUACCUGUUAGUUUGGUAGGAUUGACAACAAACCUUAAUGCCAAAGAUUAUUUGGAAAAAAGGGUGAGUAGUAGAUUUUCUCAGAGAAUGUUAGCAAUAAAACCUCAUACAAGUUAUUCUAACUUUUACGAAGACUACAUUUUAAACCUUAAAUUGGACGAGCAAUUUAUCAAGACUUUAGAUUCGAGAGAUUAUGGUAAUAAAUGGAAUUCAAGCUUGGAUAAUCUUCAAUGUGAUGAAAUAAAUCGAUAUAGUUUACGAAAUUACAAUACAAUUAAAAAUUUUACAGACAUAAAUAAUCAUUUUAAGAAGUCCGUAUCAAAGCUUUCGCAAAAAAGUCCAUAUUUGGCUGGUUUAAAAACAAAUGAUAUGAGUGAUACAGAACUUGUCCAAUCAUCUGUAAUGUCCUUAUCUGAAAUUGAAUUGAUGUUAGUCAUAGCUGCAGCCAGAUGGUUAAGUAAAUUUGAUGGUGAAACCGUCAAUUUUAAUCUAGCAUACACAGAGUAUAAAAGUUGUAUCAAAGAAUCAGGUGCAAGUGCUAGUAUAUUGUCUUCCUUCAAUAACAUCAAAGUUCAUCAAAAAGAGGUGUCAAAGAAGGCUUUAAGAAAUAGUUGGGAAGUACUUCUAAAAUCUAACGUGAUUGUUCGACCAAAUUUUUCACAAGCAGGUGAUAAUUGGGACAAUAGAACAGCAAGAAGUACAGUACUUGAAGAAAACCUGAUGGUUUUGUUAAACAUAACUUUGGAGGAAUUAAAUAUUUUAAUCGAUGAUGAUAAUAUGUUAAAAAAGUUUAUCAAAAUCUAG